UGAAAAAUUAGCAACAAAUCAAACCAUACAUCUUUCACAUAAACAAGCCAACAUGCAUGCACUUAGCUGUUUUAACAACAUUGUCAUAGUUUUUCUAGUAUCCUCACUAAUCUUACCAUCACCUAAUAAACUAUUUUCAGUUGAAGCUAGAAACUUAGUUUCAUGCAAUGGUGUGUUCAAGGUGAAUCUAAUUCACCGUGAUUCACCACUUUCUCCUUACUACAACUCUUCCUUAACACCGCGAGAGCGCGUAAAGAGAGCACCCCUAGGCUCAAUCUCCCGUGGCCAUACCAAUGAUGUGAAAUUAUCAGCUUUAAUUUCAAAUGGUGGGGAUUACCUCAUACAAUUUUCGCUUGGUACGCCUCAAGUCGAAUUCAUAGCUGCUGCUGAUACUGGUAGUGACCUUAUAUGGAUUCAAUGUUCACCCUGUGAUACUUGCCUCUCAACAGCAUCUCAAUCAUUUGAUCCUACACAAUCUUCCACCUAUAAUGUAAUCCCCUGCACUUCUUCUAGUUGUAAUAACUAUAUAGAUCUUACAACUGGUUGUGCUAAAAGUAGCAAUAUGGACUACUCAUCGCUGUGUGUUUACUAUUCUUCCUAUGGAGAUGGAACACAAAGUCUAGGCAUCUUAGCCACGGAAACUAUUAGCCUUCCUACUUCUGACGCUACAUCAAAGAGCCUUCCUUCCUCAGUUUUUGGGUGUGGCUUCGACAACAAAGGCCGAAUUGGGUACCAAGGGGAAGGGGUUGUCGGGCUUGGACAAGGCCCUGCUUCUUUGAUUUCGCAACUAGGUUCAAAUAUCAACUACAAGUUCUCCUACUGCUUGGCUCCCCUGUCUUCCGGGGUGACUAGCAAGCUAACCUUUGGAGCUGAUGUAACCAGCUCUGCAGUAGUGUCUACUCCUUUCACAACUGCAAAUGAUAAUACGUUUUACUACCUAUCCCUCAAUGGUAUUACUGUUGGAGAUCAGGAUAAUUCAGUCCAAGUUCCCACAAAACUCAACAUGAUCAUCGACUCUGGUACCACUUAUACUUAUCUACCAUCCAACAUCUAUGAAAGUGUUAAGUCUAGUUUGGAAACUGCUAUUGAGCUUACCCCUGUAGAGAGCCCUGUCGAAUCUUUAGACCUUUGUUAUGAUACUAUACAAUUAGCAAGUUCAGGUGCGCAGUUUAACCCUCCUGAUAUGGUGUUCCAUUUUCAAGGGGCUGAUGUUGUGUUAAAGGCACUCAACACCUUCAGGGAUGUGGGAGAUGGUGUGAGUUGUUUGGCAAUUGUAGCUAAUAAUGAUCAACCUUAUAUCUUUGGGAAUAUUGCUCAAGUUAACUUUGAAGUUGGGUAUGAUUUACAAGCAAAGCAAGUUUCGUUUGCUCCAGCAGAUUGCACCAACUUUUAGUGUUUGGAUCAUUUGGAGUUGUAAAAUAACUCUACAAGGUAGAAUUUGAGCAAU